UCCUCCCACCCUCUCCUUCCUCUUCUGCUACCCCUGUCGCCGUCCGUCUCUCUCUCCUGCCUCCACACAAUUCCAGAAGAAGCGCGACCAAGAAACAUUGGAAGCCGACAUGGUCAAUCCCGGCAUGGAGUCGCCGCCGGAGGCGUCGAGCGCCGGCACGGCGGAGAAGGCCUUCUCCUUCCUCUCCAAGGGGUGGCGGGAGGUGCGGGACUUCGCGGGCGCCGACCUCCAGCUGAUGCGAGCCAGAGCCAGUUCAUUCAAGAACCUUGCCGACCGCGAGUUGGAGAACUUCCUACAGUCGGCGUCGGCGUUCUCGGCCCCGCCGCGGCCGCCAGUUGAGAGGUCGAUCGCGGAGCUCGAGUUCGUGAAGCGGAUCCAGCCGAAGCUGUCGGAGAUCCGGCAAGCGUACUCGUCGCCGGAGUUCAGCCGGAAGGUGCUGGAGAAGUGGAGCCCCAAGUCGUCGAUCCGGAUCGAUCUCUCCGGGAUCAGGAACGCAAUCGUCGCGGAGGUGGAUGAGGUGGGAGGGUUGCUGGAUCUCGGCAAGGAUGGGGUUCGUGGCCGGGGAAGGAAGCUCCGGUGGAAAGGGGUGGAGGAGGGGAAGGAGUGGGAGCCGAUUCGGUUGUUGAAGGCGAGAUUGAAGGAGCGUGAGGGGAAGAGCCAAUCAAGCGAGAUCUUUGGGAAUUUUAAGACCAGCGAGUUCGUCAACAAAGUGAAAUUGAUCCUGAGAUCAAUUUGCAAGGAACCUCAAGAAUCAAAGGAAGUUCCACCACCCCUGGAUCUACCUGAACUUCUGGCAUAUCUGGUUAAGCAAUCUGGGCCAUUGUUUGAUCAACUAGGUAUAAGACGAGAUAUAUGCGACAAAAUAGUUGAGACUUUGUGCAGCCGAUGCAAAGAUCAUCUGUUAUGUCAUUCUGUAUCUGAGAAUGAAGCAUCCUUAAUCGGAAAUGGGAGCAUCACCAAUGAACUUGAUUUAAGGAUAGCCAGCGUGCUCCAAAGCACAGGGCAUCACUAUGAUGGUGGCUUUUGGACCAACCAUUGUAAGUCUGACAUGGCAGACAAAAAGCAUCAUGUUGCAAUUGUGACAACUGCCAGUCUCCCAUGGAUGACUGGAACUGCUGUAAAUCCACUAUUUAGAGCUGCAUAUUUGGCUAAAUCUGCAAAGCAGAAUGUAACAUUGGUGGUCCCUUGGCUCUGCAAGUCAGACCAGGAACUGGUUUAUCCUAAUCACAUGACUUUUAGUUCUCCAGAAGAGCAGGAAGUGUUCAUAAGAAAUUGGCUGGAGGAAAGGGUUGCUUUUAAAGCAGAUUUCAAGAUCUCCUUUUAUCCAGGGAAGUUCUCAAAAGAAAGGCGGAGCAUCGUACCUGCUGGGGACACUUCACAGUUUAUUCCCUCCAAGGAAGCUGAUGUUGCCAUACUGGAAGAGCCAGAGCACCUAAAUUGGUACUAUCAUGGAGAGCGUUGGACUGAUAAGUUUAAUCAUGUUGUUGGUGUUGUUCACACAAAUUACUUAGAGUACAUCAAAAGGGAGAAGUAUGGAGCUAUCCAAGCUUUCCUGGUCAAGCAUAUUAACAACUGGGUCACAAGAGCACACUGCCAUAAGGUUUUGCGUCUUUCUGCAGCAACGCAGGAUCUACCCAAGUCUGUUAUCUGCAAUGUUCAUGGUGUGAAUCCCAAAUUUCUUAACGUUGGAGAAAAAACAGCAGCCGAAAGGGAGCAUGGACAGCAGGCAUUCUCCAAAGGAGCGUAUUUUCUUGGAAAGAUGGUGUGGACGAAAGGUUAUAAAGAAUUGAUAGACUUGUUAGUAAAGCACAAAAAUGAAUUAGAAGGUUUCAGGUUAGAUGUGUAUGGAAAUGGAGAGGACUCGCACGAAGUUCAAUCUGCUGCCAAGAAGUUGGACCUGAAUCUCAACUUCCUUAAGGGAAGGGAUCAUGCAGAUGAUUCACUUCAUGGGUACAAGGUUUUCAUCAAUCCUAGUGUCAGUGAUGUCCUCUGCACGGCAACAGCUGAGGCUCUGGCUAUGGGGAAGUUUGUUGUCUGUGCAGAUCACCCAUCAAAUGAUUUCUUCAGGGCAUUUCCAAACUGCUUGACUUACAAGACAUCAGAGGACUUCGUUGCUAGAGUGAAAGAGGCAAUGGCCAAUGAACCCCAACCUCUCACUCCUCAGCAGAGAUAUGACCUAUCGUGGGAGGCUGCAACCCAGAGAUUCAUGGACUACUCUGAGCUUGACCGAGUGUUAAGUAAUAACAAUGACAAGUCCAGGGAAGGAGGCAACAACAUCAAGGAUAUUAAGAAAUCAAUUUCAGUGCCAAGUUUAUCAGAUCUUGUCGACGGGGGAUUGGCAUUUGCUCAUUAUUGUUUCACAGGGAAUGAGAUCCUGAGGCUAUCCACGGGAGCAAUACCAGGUACACAAUAUUAUAAUAAGCAACACUGCAGGGAUUUGCACCUCUUGCCACCUCAGGUACAGAAUCCUGUGUAUGGCUGGUAAAAUAAACCCUUCUGUGACAAUACCCUACAUUGUAUAUACUGUUUCACAUAAUUAGGCUGAGAGCUUUCCCAAAGCUAUGUACAUGAUGAUAUCGUAUUCCUUUGACUCCCAUCGCUGUGCAACAUCAUCCAUUUCUCAAAGCUGUUAAGGAAGGAAGAAAAACCAUCAGAUUAGUGAUUCUUCAUGCAUGCUUGUCAUUUUAUUGAGUCAUACUGAAGAAAAAGCGCCAUGCUUAAAGGCGAAUAUGAACUGCAAUGAAGGAAGAAAAAGGAAGUUGCAAUGGAAGUCAUGUGAAUAAUACUUAUUCUGCUGGCUAUGGUGAACUGCGGAAAUAUGCAUAAAUUUUCGGUGGCUGGUCAUCUUGAAUCCGGUGCAUCCUUGUUGGCCAGUUAAGCAAUUCAAAAUCUCAAGUAUGAAAUAACAAUUUUUGAGGUAGGGUUAAGUCAGUGCCAGCUUUGGCUCUUUACAGUUCUUUUUGCAUCUUGGUCUAUCAAAAAGAGGCUGUUGCUAUGUGAUGGAUGUAUUUGACUUCUAAAGCAUCAGCUUAGGAUGCAGAACAGAAGAAAUGGAGGACCUGCAUCAAGCUGCUUUCUCUGGUGAAUAAUUUGAGAGAAAACUCUGUGCAGAUGUUGAGUUAGAAGUUCUUAAUCUCCCAUUUGAUGAAGGGAUUCUUGUGCUGCGGGAGCUUUAGCACCCUAUGAGUAAUCAUUGUAAAUAUAUGUAGUAGCAGACUCAUUGUAUCUAUUAUAUUUGAAUUGUACAAUUGGCGCUUCUUUGUUUUUCAUCUGUAAUGACGCUGGAGCCUAGUGUACUUGCCAAUGUGAAUGGUUGAAAUAAUUAUUUCUGAUUA